GUUACAUGAGAUGUUUUUGAGUCAGAUUCUUGUUUUUGGGCUUAAUUAGGGUUUGUUUGACAUCAAAAUAUCUUCUUGACUGAGUGACUGAUGGCUGAAAUUCAUGAGAAAUAGUUGACCCGAAGAAAAGAAAAACUGGUUAGAAUUACAAAGACAGCACAUAUUGGUUGGAGCAAACAGCCCACUGACCCCUCUCAUACUCAUGACCCAACAAAAUGAAAAGGCCAAAAAAGAAGAAGUGAUUGAGAGUAAAUUAUGAAAUGAAGUGAAGCCCUUGUCCCUAAAUUAAAAAAGUUUUGAGCCCCUUGCCUAUCUGCCGUGUGAACUGCAGCAAAUUGAUCACAAACAAGGCAACUGUAAAAAGUCUUUCCUUCUUCAUCCUUCCCUUCACAGUUUCUUCUUGCUCUGUAUAAAUUAUUACCAAACAAACAGUUUUGCUUGUGUAAAGAGACAGAGAAAUGGGUGCUUCACAUUCACAGUUGGUCUCUGAAAAAUCCAUCCACGAAUUCACAGUAAAGGAUAGCAGAGGUAAGGACGUGGACCUCAGCCUUUACAAAGGGAAAGUCCUCCUCAUUGUUAACGUUGCUUCCAAAUGUGGAUUUACUGAUACGAAUUACACUCAGUUGACCGAGCUUUACAACAAAUACAAGGACAAAGGUCUUGAGAUCCUGGCAUUUCCGUGCAAUCAGUUUCUGAAGCAAGAGCCUGGGACAAGCAAGGACGCGGAAGAAUUUGCAUGUACAAGAUACAAGGCUGAAUAUCCGAUAUUCAAGAAGGUACGUGUCAAUGGGCCAGAAGCAGAACCUGUUUACAAAUUCCUCAAAGCAAGUAAAACUGGAUUUCUGGGGAAUAGGAUAAAGUGGAACUUCACCAAGUUCUUGGUUGACAAGGAUGGCCAUGUCAUCGAACGGUACAGCCCAACCACGUCUCCUUUGAGCAUUGAGGCUGAUAUCAAGAAAGCUCUGGGGGAGGUGUGAGGUUAUCAGGCAGUUCAGUUCAAACACUAGUGAAUACGAACUCUUCUCUGUGAAUUAUCUUUCUUCCUGUCUAUGUAACCCUUCUCUCUUAGUACGUAUUAUUCAUUUCACGUUAAGUCUUUUCCUAUAACAGAAUCAGUACUUUGCAGAUGAAAUAGUGAAUACGAACUCUUCUCUGUGAAUUAUCUUUCUUCCUGUCUA